AAAAACGAGGCAAUGACAACGUCGACAAUUAAGCCAACGGGCGGCGAAGAAGUGCCGCCGGCGGGGGUGGUGGGCGGUGUCGGUGUUGUGGGAGUGGCCGCCAGCCUGUCUAAACGCGAUUCCGAGGAGGAUACGUGGGCCUCCAAGGGUUAUAACUACAUAAAUCCGUUCGUCCAUCGCAUCGAAAUCGACAGUCACAUUGAGGUGGCCAAGAUCUAUGUGCUGACAGUUCUCCUGCUGCCCAUCCGCGUGGUGGGCUGCGUUCUCUCUCUGAUCUCCGCGUGGAUGUUCGCCUGCAUUGGUCUCUAUGGAAUGACGCUGGAUGAUCUCAAGGAGAAGCCCCUUACCGGCUGGCGAAAACAAAUGCAAUGCAUGACGGCCCGUGGCAUGCGAAUGGUGUACACCUUCGGAUCGUUCCACUACGUGACCAUGAAGGGACGAGCGGCGACGCCGAAGGAGGCACCGAUCCUGGCGGUGGCGCCGCACUCCUCCUACGUGGACUCCAUCCUGGUCGUGGCCAGUGGCCCGCCCUCGAUAGUGGCCAAGCGGGAGACGGCGGACAUCCCGCUGCUCGGUCGCAUCAUCAACUAUGCCCAGCCCAUUUAUGUGCAGCGCGAGGAUCCCAAUUCGCGGCAGAACACGAUCAAGGAUAUUGUGGACAGAGCUCGCUCCACGGACGACUGGCCGCAGGUGGUCAUCUUUGCCGAGGGCACCUGCACCAAUCGCACGGCCCUGAUCAAGUUCAAGCCUGGCGCUUUGUAUCCGGGUGUGCCCGUGCAACCGGUGCUCUUAAAAUACCCAAAUAAGUAUGACACCUUCACAUGGACCUGGGAUGGACCCGGAGUGUUACGCCUUCUCUGGCUGACGAUGACGCAGUUUUAUAACCGGUGCGAGAUCGAGUAUCUGCCCGUGUACACGCCUUCGGUGGACGAAGUGGCCGAUGCCAAUCUGUAUGCCAACAAUGUGCGGGAGGUGAUGGCCAAGUCCCUAGGAGUACCCAGCUCAGACUAUUCCUUCGAGGACGUAAUCGUGAUGAGCCGGGCCCGCGACAUGAAGAUUCCCUUCCCCGGCGAUAUCGUGGAGAUCGAGCGGACCAUCGAGAAGCUGGGUCUGAUUGAGAGCCAGCGGGAUGCGGAGCUGUGCAAGGGAUUCCUCCGGGUGUCCAACACGGACACGAUGGACAUUAUUACGUUUGCCGAGCUGCUCAAGGUGGACCUCAAGAACACCGAUCUGCACAAGCUGUUUGUUUUGCUCGAUCACCGCCGCAUGGGCACAGUGAAUUUGAAGAGCUUCCUGCUGUGCUCCCUCUUCUGCAAAUUAAAAAACUCAGAUCUGUUGACCUUCCUGCGUGCCUUGAUCCACCUUUAUAGCGAAUCUAGUCAGCAAAUCGACAGGGAGAGCUUUGUACGGUUAAUGAGACACGCUGGUGGCAAGCUUAAUGAACAAAAGGCCCGCGCUCUUGAUACAGACAACCUGGGCUAUGUCUCCUUAGAUUCCUUUGUGGAGCACACGGAUGGCAAGAAAUCAAGCUAUAAAUUCCUCUACCACAAAUCGGAGCACAUAAGGCGAUCCAAGGCGGUCACAACGCCCACCAAUUGAAGAGAAAGCACAUUUUUGU